CCCAUGUCAGGAAACUAUUUUGUUCAAAAUAUAAAUAUGUGGUGUUUAGUAGCUACAAAUAAAGCAUUAUUUUAAGAAACAAUUGUUCAGAAUUAGGGUGAACACAAAUGGAUAACAAUUUAUCUCAGAAUAAUUCAAAUCAGGUUGCUGCUAAUGCAGCAGGUGAGGAAGAUGACAGUGAUUUUGGAGAUUUUGGUGGGUUUGAGGGAGCUGAGCCAGGCCCUCCGAGUGUGAAUCAACAGGAACAAGCCAGUGCACAAUGGGCUGUAUAUACUGCAGGUCAAGGGUCACUGAGGCCAGAUCUUCUCUGUGCCCAGAAUGCAUUUCCACCCUGCCUUGACCCAUCGGAUAUUGCAGGAGGUGCCACUGGAGGUGAUCAAGAACCGACCCCUUUUGAGGCAAACUUUGCUCUGGGUGAAAACUUGAGAGAAAAUGGUUUUCUGGAUCACCCUGGAGGGAUAGCUGAAAAUGCUUCAAAUGGAGCGUGUAACAUGCCUUUAAGACUAGCAUCGCCACGAAGUCCAGGCCUGAAUGCAGGUGGGCAGGUACCGGUGUCAUCAGCUCCACUGCCUGAUCUGGGGAUUGGAACCGUUGGCCUGGGUUCUAUAGCCGAACCUCACUGGCCUGGCUCGGAUGUUGUGCCUAAUGAAUCUCUCUCUGUCCAGUCUGGGCCGCCCGCCCUUGCGUCUGCUGCGGAAGAAGGCAGACGUCAGAUUGUCAAUGAUGCUGGUGUUGGUGAAUCUCAACCUGGGGAAGCUGAAGUGGAGCAAGAGGGUCAGCAUGUACUGGAGGCUGGUGCUGAGGAAAACCUGGCUGUAAAGAAGGAUUUAGAGAAUCUUGAGUCUGAAAAUGCACGGUUGAGAGAGGAACUGGCUCAAACACAGGGUGCAUUGGAGCCACAGAAAUCUCGCCUGGAAGAACUGCAGACAAAACACACGAGAGAUCUGGAUGAAAUCAGGAAAGCUGGCCAUGAUGCACUCACCGUGGUGGUAGAGGAAUACAAGGAAUUGUCCCGAACAGCCGUGUUAGAACAACAGCAAGCCUCUCUACUCCAUCUUCAGGAGCGGCUACAGAACCAGUAUGAUGUCUUCCAACAAACCCUUCAGUCUCAGGCUGAGGAACUGAAGAAAUUACACCAAGAUGCGAUGGCUCAGUCUGAAAAGAAUAUGCAGGAAGCGCUGGACAGAGCCAGAGUAGAGCAACAGGACAGAUUUGAUGCAUUUCUUGAAGAAGAAAAAGAAAAGCAAAAUACGGCUCUACAACUGGCUGUGGAGGCUGAAAGAGAAAGAAGUAAGGAAUUACUUGAGGCUGCCAUCUUGAAUGAACAGAGCAAAGCGACUAAAAUGUUGGAGGAAGAAAAGGAAAAAGCAUCAGAAAGUUUAAAAAGUAUGAAAGAAGACUGUGUGAAAGAAAUGGAACAGGCUGUUGAAGAGGAAAGAACAAAAUCAAAGGAGUUACUGGAGGAGUCCCUGAAGGAUGCGAAGGAGCAGACUAGGGAAGCUGUUAAGGAGACCCAAGAGGCAGCUCAGCGAGAGAUGAAGUCAUACGUCCAGGAACAGAGACAGGCUGAUUCGGUGCUGCGCCAGCGACAUCUCUCCACCCUGGACUUGUUUCUUGAUAGUGCUCGCAGACAAAUCAGUCUUCUCCUCGAAACUGAGGCAAGCGCAUCGGCGUCAGCAGACACUCCGUCCUCUGUGAACAAGUCGGACGAUGCUGAAUCACAUCACCAGUCAGACAGUGACAAACCAGCUUCCUGACACCAGCGAUAACUAAACAUGCCUACCAGUGGUUGUUAAUGUGAACAGACAGGGUUUAAUAUGGUUGUGGAUAUGCUAGUUGAAGAAUGUUCCUGCAAUUGGAAUGGACAUGAAACAACUUGGAUAUGGAUGUUAACGUGAAUAGACAUUCUUAGAGAAGGAUGUUAAUGUGAACAUUCUUCACUAGACACAGAUGUGAAAUUCAACAUUCUUUGCUAGAGAUGGAUGUUAAAGUGAACAUUGUUGGCAUUGAAUAUUAAAGUGAACACACAUUGUUAAAGAUGAUAUUAAAGGGAACAUUGUUGCUGUUAGAGAUGAAUGUGAACAGUGAACCGACAUUGUUAGAUAUGGAUGCUAAAGUGAACAUAUAUUGUUAAAGAUGGAUGUGAAUGGUAAACAGACAUUGUUAGAUAUAUUAAUAUAUGUGGAUAACUUCUGUGAACAGCUAUGCAUUUCCUAUGAACAGCUGUGUACAGACAUUUGAGCCGUGAAGGUUACUAGGUAUAUGUUCUGUUAACAAUGUACUGUGUCUGAAUGUACAUUGUUAAAUGGAUGUAAACCUAGCGACACACGUCUGCAAACUGAUCCAUUUAUCAGAUCUGUUUAAUGCAUGUGUUAAACAGAUCCGUGAAACCAUGACACAUAUAUCCGAAACCAGGUCCGUAAAACCAAGGAUCUCUCGAGACUCCCUCACAACUUAACACCAACAAGAUCAGGUGAAAACUGAUUUUAUUACUUUUCGAAACUACAGGAAUACAUAAAAGAUGUAAGUAUUCUAAGUAAUCUGGUCUGAUAUAAUCACAUGUUUGACUUCAGGUCAGAGAACCUCACACUGUGCAAAUUGUGAGUUCCAUCAGUUAAAUGAAAGCAAGUCCCAAGCCAUUGUUUAUCCCAGCACCGAGACUAGAAAACUAUAGUUUCCUAAUACAGGGUCUUCCCAAUGAUACCAGACCUUCGUUUUUGACGGGCGCGGGCGCUAUCACGCCCGUAAACCCCCGUCAACUCAAUCUGACGAGCGCGAAAUAACGCGCCCCUAAAUUGAAGAAAUCACACUUGUAUUUUGUUUUAACUCUACCAUUUUAAUUGAAUUCAAUCCACAACGCCACAAACCUUUCCAUUCUGUUCACAAUGAACUUCCUAGAAUACUUUUUAUAAAUUGAAACACGAUUGGUUGUUUAUCUUUAAUUGAGCCAAUCAUCUAGGAGUUCACUUAUUAUUAAGAUCUCGUCGGUUUUGUUUAAUUUCGUACAAUGCAGGUAAUGAUUAAGAAAUUUAUUUUACACUGUCAUUUUGGUCACAUACAGGAAAAAAAUAUUAGGUGUGUUGUCCAAUAAUUCUAUGUGUACAAUGUUUAUACAUGUUGAUAUCACAGUAAAUGCGUACACCAACAAAAAACUAAUUUAGUAAAGCAGGUUUUGUUUUCGUUAAUAGCAUAGCGAUGUACUCGCAGACAUUUCUACUUUCUGUUUCAUGAUUUUGAAAACACAAAACAUUAACUCUUAAGAUAUUUAAUUUAGAAAUCAUUACUCCUCAAACUUAAUCAUGUUCAUGGGUGCAAUUCCUCUCGGUC